GUUCCCGCCUCACGCGAUGGUCGUCACAGACAGUGUUACGGCAACAAGGAGUCAAGUGAAAUCAGUUUGCAGGAGAGCAGUGGACAGAAGUGGUUGGAGGCAUUUGUCUUGUUUGUGUCAGUUGUCAGCUGUCAUACGUCAUGUUUAAAAGGACUCUGGUCUCGGCUACACGUUAAGGUGUGCUACGCUGGACUAAAGCGAGUGUGUGUACGUGUCGAAACCCCCUUCAGCUAAGUGGGGUAAUUGCAGUGUCGGACGAUUCAUUUUAUUAAAGAAGCAACAGCACCACAGCCAAACUGGACAGCGGGGAACUCCAGGGCAGUGUCAGCCCAGACUUCAUCUUGAGGCACCGAAACACUACAGAGCAGAUAUGUCACAGACACCAGGAGACAGAGGCACGGCCCAGCGAACAGAAGGAGCUCGGGGCACAGCACAAAGACUGUCCGCUGCAGCAUGGGGAUGAACAGAUGGAGUCUGAAGAGCCAUGGCAGGAGACAGAGGAGGUAGAGGAAGAGGAAGAGAAGGCACCAGACGAAGGCUUCAUGGGAAUGGCACCGUUACUGCAGGCGCACCACGCCAUGGAGAAGGUGGAGGAGUUUGUACACAAGGUCUGGGAAGGAAGGUGGCGGGUCAUACCCCACGAUGUGCUCCCUGACUGGCUGAAGGACAACGAAUACCUUCAGCACGGUCACCGGCCUCCCAUGCCGUCCUUCAGAGCCUGCUUCAAGAGCAUCUUCAGAAUCCACACGGAGACCGGGAACAUCUGGACACAUCUACUAGGUUGCCUGUUCUUCUUGUGCCUGGGCAUCUUCUACAUGUUCCGGCCCAACAUGUCCUUCGUGGCGCCCGUCCAGGAGAAGGUGGUGAUCGGCAUGUUCUUCCUGGGGGCCAUCCUCUGCCUGUCUUUCUCCUGGCUCUUCCACACGGUGUACUGCCACUCAGAAGGGGUCUCCCGUGUCUUUUCCAAACUAGACUACUCGGGCAUCGCUUUCCUGAUCAUGGGGAGCUUCGUUCCCUGGCUCUAUUACUCCUUCUACUGCUCCCCACAGCCCUGCGUCAUCUACCUGAUGGUCAUCUGUGUGCUCGGCAUCUCCGCCAUUGUGGUGUCUCAGUGUGAUUUCUUUGCCACACCCCAGUACCGGGGGGUCAGAGCAGGUCUGUUUGUGGGUCUGGGGCUGAGCGGGGUGGUACCCACUUUUCACUUCAUGAUCUCUGAGGGUUUCCUGAGGGCAACCACCAUGGGCCAAAUGGGCUGGCUCUUCCUCAUGGCAACACUUUACAUCACCGGAGCCUGUUUGUACGCCGCCCGCAUCCCCGAGAGGUACUUCCCUGGAAAGUGUGACAUCUGGUUCCAUUCCCAUCAGCUGUUUCACAUCUUGGUGGUGGCGGGGGCUUUUGUCCAUUUCCACGGAGUGUCGAACCUGCAGGAGUUCCGCUACACGGCGGGGGGCGGCUGCACGGAAGGCAACGCGCUCUAACCAGAGUGGCAGAUUGAGUCUGAAACAUACGUGCAGGAAGUAUCCAUUGUGGUCAAGAGGAUGAUGAAUCUUUUAUCCAAGUGGAGAAACAGCAACGUUGAAAAUGACUUGGUUUGGCCAGUCCGGGCUUGCCACACUCCUUGGAAGAAUUGGUUAAAAAAAAGAUAUAUAUAUAUAUAUAUAUAUAUAUAUAUAUAUAUAUAUAUAUAUAUAUAUAUAUAUAUAUAUAUAUAUAUAUAUAUAUACACACACACACACACACAAAGUAACUACAAAUUAUAUAAAAAAAAAAGAAAACUUUUGAUUUUACCGAAAUGUUAUAUUUAUUUCAAAUACGAGAACAGACAAAAAAAGCAAGCUGUUAAAAGUUCACAUUUUAAAAGGUGACAUUUUUUUUUUGUUCACAAGAUCUAGCUGCUUGUAAUCAUAAAGAAGAGGUUUUUUGUAAAUAAGAUUUCUAACUUUCAGUUACAUAGAUUUAUAUUAUAAAAAAAUCAGAAAAAAAUAAUUGGGGGUGGGGGGGGGGGGGGAAUACAUAAAUAAAUAAAUGUACAAACUUUUUUUUAAAAGAAAGUGUUCGCUAGAGUACCACACACACUGUUAAUGUCGACUUUGCACAAUGAUGUGGCCUGUCAUGCAGCAGGCCAGAGAAAUGAGUGUGUCCCAGCUGCAUAGAGGUGUGGGGGUCAUCACCCAAAUGUACACUGCCUGUGUGAAUGGGCCUGUGAGGGGGUAGAGACCUGCUCAGGGUUUAUAGGUGCUGUAUAACUUAAGAACAGUGUCUCUGCCUCUUAAAGCUACCAUAUCCCAAGAAAAAUGACUUUCUAGACAGAUCCUUUCACGAUUAUGCAAAGUGUUCUCCGACCACAGUCUCACCUGCUUGUAACGGCCACUCAGGAGACCAUCUGAAAGGGGUCUUAUAUGUAGGGGAUUUUAAAAUGGGGAUGUAUUUUCAGGGAUUUUCUAGACAGGCUGGUCUUGAAUACAGGUUUGACUAUUUACAGAUGUCUUGUAUGAUCCAGUCUACUGCAGCGUUUCCAGGGGGAACAAAAAAAACCCAAAACAACCUAGUCACAGGCUUUCUCUGUCUCUUUUUCUCUCCUGUUCUGUUUGAGGCAUGGCAGAAGUAGCAAUGUAGUUCACUCGAUGCAGAUUUCCACUUUAAUCAACAGCCGUCCUUUUUGGGGGUUCCGCUUACCCAUUGCCCCCACUGCGGAGACGAGGCCUGGAAGCUUUUCCAUUGUCUGAGGCGGUGGAUUCAUGUGGGAUGGGGACGACAGCAGGUGCUUCCGUCCAUUCCCCAUCCUGCCUUCACAAUUCACUUUUUGGUUUCUAAACAGGUCCAGCUGCGGUCACACCCACGGUAGUGUUAUCUCCAGAGCCAAGAUUCAUCUUUAGGUUUUCUGCCAUGUUUAAACUCUUUCUCUGCGUUUUUAGUUUUGGCACCAGAAGUGAUUCGCACUUGUAACAUUUCUCUUGUUAUUUUAAGAAAGGUGGAAUGAGGGUCGAGAAAAGAGCUUAAACCAAACAAAUGGCAUCAGGUUGAAUUAAUGGCAGCACAAUAAAAAAGUACCAUUGGACAUCCAUUCUCCAUAAAAACCAAUAGCCUACAGACCAACAGAGACUGCUUUUCUAGUUUCACAGUGCACUGAUUUACCAAGACUGCCGUUAAAUACGGUAUGCAUACCAAUUUUAGUCAACUGAUUAGCUGUAGGCGAACUAAAAAUGAUCUGUAUUUAGAUAUGUUUGUUUUUGUUUGUUUGUAUAAUACACUUCUAUAUUUACUGGUCCACAGAUAUGUUCUCAAAAAAGAUAACUUAGCAAUGCUUUCAGAGAGAAAGAAGAAAAAUAAAUUUCAUUAGUUUGUAGAGAUAAUCUGGUAAUGCACAGUAAGGUGGAAUCAAACUACCACAAAGCUCUUAUAUGUAUGUAUGUAUGUAUGUAUGUAUAGCUAUGGCCAAAAGUUUUGCAUCACUCUAUAGAAUGAACUAUUUUUUUCUUCAUAAAGUCGAAUUAAGCCUGCUGAAUAGUUUUACGUUAAUGUAGUGAAUACAUAUAUCACUGUUUAGUUUUCCUGACACAACAAAAAACUGACAAAUUGAAAAAUGUGCCCUUUUGAAAUCUAACAUGAAAUACUGUAUGGCUUCCAGUAGAUUUUUUUUUAUUUUUUUUUAUCAUUUUGUAGUUUCUUUGAUUACACAAUGUUAAAAGAUCAAAAUUAUGUUCAUAUAGUUUAUUUUGUAUUUCCUAAAAUAAUACACUUUUGGCCAUAGCUGUGUGUAUUUGUUUCAUUUGUGUGUGAUACUGGUAAAUUCUACAGUAGAUCUAGAAUAGUGGCCUCUUAAUAUUUCUGUUUCACUUGAUACCCUGUCAGGCAUGUACACAGGUGAAUUCAGGCUGAAACGUUUCUUAUAAUUUCACUGCUCUUAGUUUAUGCUUCAUUAACACUUUCUCCCAAAAUCGAGCUCCGUUAAACAGCAUAAUAAUGCCCUAGGUCUGGGGUUAGUUUGUCUUUUGGUACAAAAAGUGCCAUGUUGUUGGUUUCUGGAUCCACUGCCUGUCUCAUUGUUUAGUUGUUUUUUCAGACAGCACAGGGCUGAAGCACAGUCACUGUGGGGAGUUUCAAGUGGCUCUUCUUGAACAUAUUUUGGAUUAGUUAAGAGAUUUGAGUUUAUAUUUUAUUUACAUUGGUGCUCAAAUCAAAUUUCUGGUGUGAAAUAGAGAAUCUGUAAUGAGCUAGAGGAUUGGGAGAAGAUUGGAAACAAAUAGAUUUUCUUUUUUUUAAACUUUAUGAACAGGCAAGUUUCACAUUCUUCUAGCUCAUAACGAAUGUUGUCACCUUGAUUUUUCAGUGUGAUCAAUGGCAUCAAGUCCUUAGAUUGACAGAUUUUUAAAAUGUAUUGUAAGAAGCUGAUUUGCCGGGAUGUCUCUCUACAGCUCGGACGUGUUUUGGUUUUUUUUGUAAAAAACAAUCUCAUUGCUUUUUACAUGGAAAACCUUAUUUUGCACGUGUGUGAAAUAAGGUUUUGGGUAUUUGAGUAAAAUGCAAUAAUAUGAAGAAAAAAAUAGGUUUGAGGGUCUUGCUGGAAUUUCUAGAUUUAUUUAUUAAUAUAUUUUUUUCAUAUGUGUAUAAUUUGGUUUUGGGUUCCACUGAAGUUUAAAAAAAAAAUUGUCAAACCUGCUAUAACAACCACUCAAGAGACCAUCAUGGUUUAACAUGGAGAAAUACAUACUAGUGUACAGGGUUACAUUAAAGUGGUUUAAUAAAAUAUAUUGGUGGUCUUUUGAAUAAAGGUUUGACUGAAAUUCAUUGAUGAGGUACAUUUAUAUGCUAUAUUAAACAUGGCCACAAAAAUAUGUAAUUCAUUUUUAGUUAAUUUGCAAACAGCAGCAUUUCUAUAAAACACUAAAUGGAAUAAAAAUCGUAAUAAUUUAUUUUGGUCAAUAAGGAAUACACUGAAUUAUAACCAAAUGCAGCAGUUAUAAAUGGUAAAAGAGAACGCCCAUUUGUAACUAACGGGGGUCCUCAUUAGAGCUUAAAAAUUCUAAGGCUAUUUGUUUUCACAUACUAAUAAAGAGGAAAGAUACCGUAAAUAUGCAUCCUCCUAUAAGUUAUCCUUAUGUUUCUAAAACAGUUUUUGCUGCGAGUCUGUUUUGCCUUUAACCUUUCUAAAGCGAGAGAGUACCAUUUUCUUCUAGGCUUGUGUCCAUUUCAUUGUUUAACAGAGCACUGUGCUGCAGUCCAGUGUUAGUCAUAUCAAUAUUGCAUCACCUGGUCAUGACUAAUCCCAAUUAUAGGUGUAUGUGCAACUGAACAUUUCCAAGUUUUAUUGUCUAAAUGUGUGUUAUCUAGAAUGAAGACAAUGGUCAAGGAGACUGAUUCUGGAUGUAGUGAAAUAUCCAAAUCCAUAUUGCCUCCAGUGUCAGACACAGAUGGAAAGACUAAAGCAAUCGGCAAAUGUAAACAUAUGUUGUCCAUUGUAAAUGUUUUCUGAUAGAGCCUUGUGUCAUUUGCGGUCUUUUUUUUUAAUGCAUCCUAUGGAAAAUGGAUCCAGUACUUAAUGGAUAAGCCACACUUUGAUGGUAAACUUUAAAAUUAGUAAUGAGAAAUGCAAGAUGAAGCAAUACUAAUUCAUCAUUCAGUAUGUUUCCUGACCCUGUUACCAUGGGGCUGUUUGAUUUCAAUGUGAUCUGAUCUUUCUUGACAACAAGCUUGGUAAAACUAUGGAACACCUAACAUUGUGACGCACAUUAUAACAAGAAUAGGUGACUUUAUCUUUUAUUGGUAACAAAGGCAAAACUGGAAAACUUGUAUUAAACGAAAAUGUACUUACUAAUUUUUGUGUUCUAUAAUCUAAUCAUAACUAUUUAAUGUGUGUUGGGCUAUUGUUUUCUAAUGGAUUCUGUUCAUAACACUGGUUUUUUGUUGUAAAUUCAAAUCCUUAAUAUACGUUCUGCAGGAAAAGAAUGCAACACAAUUGGACACCUCCAUGCAUUGAACCUAGCUAGCCCUUGAGUGCGAUUCAUUUUUUUUAGUUCUUAAGGUCUUAAAGCACUGUGGGUCAGAUUCAUAAGCAUUUACUCUAGAGAAAGGUUUGCAUCAGUUUAGUGUACAGUAACAGAAAACUACAUUUAAAAUUAGGUUAUUUAAUAGAACAUUUGUAAUAUUUAAUUUGUUUUUCUAAAAGAUGUAAUAUUACAAUGUUAUAUUAAGUAGUGUUUUAGAUCGACUACAUCUAGAUCUUGGUGCUUUUAUUGCUGGUUUGUUUGAAAUGUAGUAAAUGGUUUUGCUCAAAAUGAACAGACCUGGAUUGCACUUUUAAAUUGACUAAUAUAUAUCUGUGAGACAUGUGUUGAGUAUUGGUGAGGGCUCUGUUUGGUUAUUCCAGAUUGAUCCACAGUGUCAAGUUGUCUGCCUCUUGUUUGACGCUCGGGAGGCUAAUCAGUUUCUUGAAACUCAACACUCACCAAUGGCUUCAGUCCUACCCAUAGGUUUCACAGGUAGUGUUUGGUCUUUGCCUUGUUAGGAAACCUGUGUUUUGUUUAGUGUGUGUCUGGUGUUUUAAAGCAAAGGGUGUCUCUGUGUUUUCUUCCUCCAAAGUAAAAUAGAGGCCUUGUUAAAUUUCCUGAAGCAAACGCAUUCAAGAAACGGCUAUUGUUGUGUGAAACGUUGACUUUGAAGAGGUGUGUGAUUGAGAUGGGAUCUUUCGAUCUGCUAUAUUAUUGUUCUUCUAAUAAAGUAUUUUUUUGAAUCUGUAAAAA